ACCUCACAGUGGGUGGGGAAUGCUUUCAUUGCAACGCCUCCGUAAACAAAAUCUGUUGCUCUACUUCCAAGCGGGCAUUGAGUCGGUACUUUAACAUUAUUGAGCCUGAUUUAUACCAUACUGCCCCACGAUGCCCAUUAAGGUUGGAGACAAGCUUCCUGGUGUUGAAGUUUAUGAGGGAGAUCCUGGCAACAAAGUGAACAUAGCGGAGCUCUUCAAAGGGAAGAAAGGUGCUCUCUUUGCACUUCCUGGAGCCUUUACACCAGGCUGUUCAAAGACUCAUUUGCCUGGAUUCAUUGAGCAAGCAGAACAGCUGAAAAAGAAAGGGGUGGACAUUGUAGCUUGCAUCGCUGUAAAUGAUGUAUUUGCUAUGACUGCUUGGGGACAGGCCCACCAUGCUGAAGGAAAGGUUAGAAUGCUGGCUGAUUCAACUGGUGCCUUCACUAAGGCAGUGGACAUGUUUCUUGACAAUGCCCAUUUAGAAGAAGUGUUGGGGAAUAAACGUUCAAAGAGGUACUCCAUGGUGGUGGAUGAUGGUGUAGUUAAAGUUCUCAAUGUUGAACCUGAUGGAACUGGCCUGACUUGUAGCCUGGCUAAAGAUCUUGUGUCCCAGAUUUGAGCAGUGUGGUCUGAAGAACAGGUGCUGGACUUGGUGUCAGUGGCAGUACUGUACAUGACUUAAACUAAUGAAACCAUGGUAUAGCUUGAAAUAUUACUGAAGCAGCUUUCAGCUAACCCUUUUUUUUCUUGGAAGGCCAUAUCCACAUUUAACAUUAUUGUGUAUUGUAGAAGUAAAAUACAGCCAUUUGGAGUUUAAAAAUCAUCACUGGUUAGAAAAAAAAAAUCAUCAUGUGGUCUUCUGCACUUAAUCUAGAAAAGGAUAUCAAACACUAAUUUUCUCUUGAUUACAUACAUUACCAAACUGUUACAUUGAAUAACUACACAGCAGUAUCUGCCUAAACUGGCUUGUGUCCAUUCCUGUUUUUUUAAGCUGCAGAUGCUUAGUUAGAAGGAUUGCUGAAACAAUCCUUCCAUUCUGUAAUUCACAGCUGGUGUAGCUCCUGGCCAGACAAGUAUUCAGGCACUGUACUCCAGGGACAUUUUGAAAAAUGUUUACUUGAGUGCAGUGCUGAACAGAAAAUGGUGCAGAUGGAAAAAGAAAUAGCAUUAUCAGGGUGUCAUGAUCUGUACUGCCUCUAACCUGUUGUCCAUUUGUGUACAGUGGCUACUUUAAGCAUAGAGUUAACUCUAAUUUAUCUUAAUUAAUCAAGCACAUCCCUCUUUAGGGAUUGUGAACAAAAUACUUUUUUGUUGCUCACAUUUAACUGUAACUACUACUUGCAUUUUCCAGCUGCCGUUUUAAAGUCCUUUUGUCAUCAGGCAUGUAAAUACCUGCUGUUUGAAAAAGAACUAAGCAUUCUGAUUUUUAUGUGGACAGAAAGGCACUUUGAUACCAUAUUACAUGCAUAUUCUUUGUUAAUUGUUGAUAACAAUUUUCAAUAAAUGAUGCAAAUAAAUAAAAUAAAAAUGUAUUUUGGAAGAAUAAAGGAUCAUCAUCUCUA